UGAAUUUCCCUCUGUGCAGUGUUGAAUAUAAUACCAUCUGUCGAGGUUUAAACAAUUAGUUUGCAACGUUAAAACGGUAGGAAGGAUUUGGAGUUUUCGGUGGAAACAUGACUAAAUGUAAGGUCAGUAAACUUAAAAUUAAGCCGGUUUUACAAUUACCGAAGGAUAUUUGAGUGUGUGACAGUGCGCAGUGUAAAUGUGGUGGUAUUCGUGCGUCUUCACAUCUUCGGAAUAACCUAAAAUGUACAUAAGUUUUACUUCUGUCGCGGAGAGUAUUUGCAAAUAAAUCUCAGCGGUUCUCGAGACGUGUGGACGGUGGAUGAGUAUGAUCAAUUGUAAGGGAAUACAGGAAGGUCGAUCUGUUUGUUUUCUACUGAAAUAAUGUGCUUCUUACGCUAUUGACAGCCAAGUUUUCUGUCAAAACUAAGGUGAAUGGUUAUGUGUGGAAGAACUUACUCCUAAGGACCUAUCUUUUUUCUGAGGUUGAAGAUUCGAUACGUAAUGCCGUCGGCUCGGCUGACGCUCCGUGAGGAGGAUGUCGUACGGCUGACGUUGGAAUUCCUGCACAACCGGGAGCUACACAUAACCCAGCUCAGCUUGGAAAGAGAGACUGGUGUGAUAAAUGGCGGAUAUUCGGACGAUGUGCUCUUCUUGCGGCAGCUUAUUCUUGAUGGACAAUGGGACGAUGUGCUGGAAUUCAUCCAGCCGCUGGGGGCUUUAAACUCGUUCGAGAUGAAGAAAUUUAGAUAUACAAUACUUAAGCACAAAUAUAUAGAGUUGUUAUGUAUAAAGUCAGAGGCAAAUGUUCACGGUAACAAUGUAGAUAAUGCAGUAGAGGAAGUCGUUAAGGUCUUAAAUGAAUUAGAAAAGUGCGCACCAUCAAAGGAGGAUCAUUCCAAUAUGUGCCUGUUACUCACCUUACCCAGGCUCACGGAUCACAUGAGUUACAAGGACUGGAAUCCGAGUAACGCCCGUGUCCAAUGUUUUAGAGAUAUUUAUCCGUUGGUCGCAGAAUUCCUGCCUGGUAAAACGGUGGAUCCAAGUCCGAACACAAGCGCAAAGAACGAUAGGCUAAUACAAUUAGUAAUUAAGGGAAUACUGUACGAGUCAUGUGUGAAUUUCUGUCAAGCCAAAGCAACCGGAGUGAAAGAGACGCAGUCGCAAGACAUGAGCUUCUCGAGGUUAUUAGACGGCAGCGUCGGGUUCAGCGAUUCCGAUUUGAGUUUAUUGUCAUGGCUCCAAAGCAUACCGCCAGAGAUAUUCUCUGUGCCAUUCGAACAGAGAACAUUGAACGUAGAUGUGGAGCGCUUGGAAAGGCCUUCAUUAGAGACCUCUUGGACGGAGCACAUGUUAGUGACGCCUAUAAAGCCGAAAACGUUUCCGCAUUCUGCGAUGCCCUUCACCAGGCCACGAUCCGCGGCAGACGUAAUGUCACGAUCAUUGAUGCCCACCCUUGAUGCCAUGUCGUAUGGUAAUUCCGAGAAUCCCAGGGUAAUGGCCCUCAGUACCGGAGACAUAAAUGUGAACAACUCCAUGUCGCGAUCCAGUUUCGCCAGCUUCCAUUUAACGGGAAUGAAAAACUCCAAGCUGAUGAAUUCAUCAGUGGACAGGCUGUUCGAGAACGAGUCGGAAGUGUUCCUCAGCAAUUCCUACGCCGAGUUCCAACAAUUACCAGCCAUUCAAGAACAGACAAGUACACCCAACCAAAAGAAAACCCCUGUGCGACCGAAAUCUCGAAGUCCCGACAACAAAGCAGCCGAUAAUAAAGGGCGGGAAUCGCCUGCUUCAGUAGGAACUGCUCGAUCAUCACGAAGGGAUUCAUUGAAUGAAAGGCCAGUAAAUGCGCACAAUAUUGUACUCUCGCCGCCUCAGCCACAAGUCUCGAUAGAAUCUUCCGGAUUCGAGCAAAGCUUCAACGGCGACCUCCUAAAAGAAUUCCAAAAACAGAAGCAGAAGAUCCAGGAUACCAUCGCCCUUAGAGAUAAGGAAAAGGAGGAGCUUAUGAAACAAUUAAAUAGGCAGGACAUAGACAGGAAACUGCUGCAACAGCAGCAGCAACAACAACUUCAGCAACAGCAACAUCUCCUCAAAAACCAAAACAGUCUUGGUAGGAAUUCACCAACCACGAGUAGGCUGAAUGGAGAUUUGCAACAUUUUAGAUAUCAUCAAUCCGCUCGAUUCCUACAGGAGUAUAAUGCGCUUCUGGGCAUUAACUAUGAAUAUGACACAAGGCAUCCUGGCGAAACGGCAGUUUCUCAUGAUGGAGACACGCUGUCGUCUACACCCCGCAAUGUGGAAGUGGACAACACGGAAGAUAAUAAUCCUGCAAGACCUAAAUUCGUUGCGGUCACUGCUCUCGAGGAUGUCCAGGCUGUUCGUUGUGCCGAAUUCCAUCCUGGAGGACAGUUGUACGCCGUGGGAUCGAAUUCGAAAACGCUCAGAAUAUGUGCAUAUCCGAAAAUGAGCGAUUUACGUGAGAAUCAUCAAACGUAUCAACCGACUGUGCUGUUCAAACGGACGAAACACCACAAGGGCUCGAUUUACUGCUUGGCCUGGUCCCCAGUCGGAGAUUUGAUGGCGACGGGCUCGAACGAUAAAACCGUGAAACUCAUGCGUUUCAAUUCGGAUACAUCCAAUUUGGAAGGCGAAGAAGUGGAGCUGUCCAUGCACGAUGGCACGAUUAGGGACCUAUGUUUUCUAGAAGAUACAUCGAAUAAGUCGAGCCUGUUAAUAAGCGGAGGCGCCGGGGACUGCAAGAUCUACGUGACGGAUUGCGCCACCGGGACCCCAUACCAAGCCCUCAGCGGUCAUAGUGGUCAUGUCUUAUCUUUAUACACAUGGGGUGGCGCGAUGUUCGUCAGUGGAUCGCACGAUAAGACCGUGCGAUUCUGGGAUCUGCGGACGACCGGCUGUGUCAAUAUGGUGACACCAAUAACUUCUGCAGGCACAAGACAAGGUUCUCCGGUGGCUAGUCUCUGCGUGGAUCCAUCCGGAAGACUGCUGGUAUCCGGCCACGAAGAUAGCUCGUGUGUUCUGUACGAUAUAAGAGGCGGCAGGAACAUACAAUGCUUCAAACCCCACACGUCCGACAUCAGGUCGAUCAGAUUCUCUCCCUCUGCUUACUAUCUGCUGAGCGGCGGCUACGACAACAAAAUGGUUCUCACUGAUUUACAAGGUGAUUUAACGUUGCCCCUACCGAGCGUGGUUGUUGCGCAACACGAAGACAAAGUAAUUUCGGGACGUUGGCAUCCGAGUGAAUUCUCAUUUCUGUCGACGUCUGCAGAUAAAACGGCGACUUUAUGGGCCCUUCCGCCCAUUUGAAAGGAGCAUCAGAUCUUCGAGAAACAUUUCUUCAUAGGGUCGCAUCAUUGAUUUUCAAACGGAAACGGCACAUACAUACACAAAAUGAACGGAAAAUAAUAGUUUUUGUUUUAAUUAACUCUCUUAUAU